GCGAAAACAGGCAAAAGCCCAAACCCACCUCUAUCUAAUUAUUUGAUACGUAGAAAUUAAGACUUCUGUUCCUAAUCUUUUUUUCUAGGGUUUCUGUUCCGAUCCUAAUUCCUCCCGAUUUGAUACGGAUAGGCCAAUUUUCGUUUCCAAUUUUCUCUAACAAUCCUUGUUCAUAGCUUUUGGAUCUCUUUCUGUGUACCCAACAAUCUGAUAUCUCGAAGUCGGGGGCAUUGUCUUGGCGCAAAGCAAAAUAGAGGGUAUGAUAUUAUCAGUUUAUCUGAUUUGAUGAGGAAGAAGAGGAAAGGAAGCGAAGCAGAUGCGAGCUCACCAGCCACUUUAACACCAACCCAUGAUUCGCCACCAUCGUAUUUCACCUCUCAUUAUUCGCUAGAAGAUUAUACAAGGCUGAACAAGAGGUGUAAAGAAGAUGCCGAUACUGAAUCCGUUAUUUCUUGUAAAAAUAGGCUUGCGGGCAUUGCCACUGCUCCGCCGUGUGGGACUUCCUCUUUGGUCCCACCUGGGAGAGGUCUCAAGAGAAAGAUAGGGUGUAUAGAUGUUGCUACCCAAAUGGGUCGGAAGAAUAAGAUUGAGGAUGAUUACAUUUCAGGUGCCACAAUUGGGAAAGGCAAAUUUGGAUCAGUUUGGAUGUGUCGGUCUAGGGUUAGUGGAGUGGAAUAUGCAUGCAAGACUUUGCGGAAGGGGGAGGAAACAGUUCAUAGGGAGGUAGAGAUAAUGCAGCACUUGUCUGGUCAUCCCGGGGUUGUAACAUUGCAGGCUGUGUACGAGGAGUCUGACUGUUUUCAUCUUGUGAUGGAGUUGUGCUCUGGGGGAUGUUUGAUCAAUCAGAUGGUCCAAGAAGUUCAGUAUUCAGAGCACCGUGCGGCCAAUAUAUUCAAGGAAGUGAUGUUAGUGAUAAAGUAUUGUCAUGAUAUGGGAGUUGUGCAUAGAGAUAUUAAGCCUGAGAAUAUUCUGCUCACUACAUUGGGAAAGAUAAAGCUAGCUGAUUUUGGCCUGGCCACGAGAAUUUCUAAUGGCCAGAGCUUGACCGGAUUGGCUGGAAGUCCUGCUUAUGUUGCCCCAGAAGUUUUGUUAGGAAAAUAUUCUGAGAAGGUCGAUAUUUGGAGUGCUGGUGUUCUCCUCCAUGCUCUCUUGGUCGGUGCUCUUCCCUUUCGUGGAGAUUCCAAAGAAGCGAUUUUUGAGGCGAUUAAGAAUGUCGAGCUUGAUUUCCACAGUGGGGAAUGGAAGUUGAUAUCUAAAUUUGCUCAAGAUCUUCUUGGUAGAAUGCUGACGAGGGAUGUUUCGGCAAGGAUAACUGCAGAUGAAGUAUUAAGGCAUCCAUGGUUAUUGUUCUACACAGAGUGCACGCCCAAGACUCUACCCCUUAGAUCGAAAUUGAAGAACCAUAUCGGAGCACCUAACCGGCAACAUGUGGUUGCACCUGGAUUAAAGUCAGAUGGAAACAGGAUACUCAGCGGCUCUCUCAGCCAGGAUUCAAGCCCUGGUUCAUUAUCUGAAAGUUGCAAGUCAGAGGAUCAGGAUGACUUGGGUUUAGUCGAUGCCCUAGCCACUGCAGUCUCACAUGUUAGGAUUUCUGGACCAAAGAGGAGUAGAGUGUGUGGUACUACAGGUCCAAUAGAGCAGCAUGGUUCAUCUAACAUGAAGGCUAACAAUCUCUGCAGAGCUUUUUGAUCCUACCGACAAGACUGACUCCACCAAUAUCACUUUCUCCACUCUUUUCAUUAUGUGGAUUUGAGAUGAGCUUGAAUUGGUGCAAAUGAUGAUUACAAGUUGACUUUCCAGAUCAAGAUGGUGACCGGAUAAUUUGUAGCUUGAGAUCUCAUUUCUAUUCUUUAUUUUGGUGUUUGCUAUUUUGACCUAAUAAUGGUUCUAAUAUGAUCUACUGACACAACUAAUGUGUAAAUAGAAUCAUUAGCGUUCUAUGAUUUGACAUCCCCCCCACACUUGCAGAAAUGGGCAAAUACUGGCCCUUCUUGUAAAUAUUUGUUAGAAAAUUGUAGAAUAUUAUCUCCUUAAAGAAAAGAAACGUGGGGCUUUUCGAAGUAAGGAAUUUCUGGCUCUUUCUAGUUGUGAUA